AUGUCUGCUACUAACCACACGGGAUCAUCAGUUACAGAUUUUUUUAUCGUCGGAUUUCCUGGACUACAAGACCAGGGGAGCAAAACCAUCCUCUUUUUUGCAUUCCUGGUAGCUUACAUCAUCAUUGUACUGGGAAACCUGUUGAUCAUAUUCAUAUUUGUCUUUGAUGAAUCUCUUCACACUCCCAUGUAUUUAUUGAUCUGCAGUCUAGCAGUUUUUGAUAUUUCUUUCCCCUCUAUCAUUGUUCCAAAAAUGUUAGCAUUAUUCCUGUUAAAUUCAAACUUCAUUUCAUUUUAUGCCUGUUUUACUCAGAUGUUCUUUUACAUGAGUAUGGGUACAGCUGAAGGAUUUCUUCUCACAGUUAUGGCUUAUGACAGAUACCUAGCAAUCUGUAAGCCACUGCACUACCAUAAUAAAAUGACAAACAGCCUGGCCAUUAGACAUGUUGUGUGGUGCUGCACUGGUGGAUUUCUUUCGUUGAUUAUUCCUACGAUACUUGCUGUGAGGCUCCCCUUCUGUGGACCUGACAAAAUUUUCCACUGCUGGUGUGAUCUUUCCUCGGUUGUCAGAUUAGCCUGUGCAAACAUUGUGACCAACAGCAUUCUGGGAUUAACCAUAGCAUUGUGUGUGCUCCUUACACCUCUUUUCCUGAUCUUGCUGUCCUAUGUGAUGAUCAUUAAGUCAGUCCUCCAGAUCUCCAGCUCUGAUGGGAAGAUCAAAGCUUUCUCCACCUGCACCUCACACCUGCUGGUCAUUUCUGUCUACUUCCUCACAUCAGUGUUUGUGUACAUCUCCUACAGGAUACCUGGGACAUCCGAGGAUUUCCGCAUCAUGGCAGCAGUGAUUCACGUUGUUAUUCCUUCCCUAGUGAAUCCAUUUAUCUACUGUCUGAGAACUAAAGAUAUCAGGGACAGUUUCAAUAACACCCUGAAAAAGAGCAGGGUCUUUCCCCUGUUAAAGUGA